AAACCCCCAGUUUAUAGAAUUCACCUGCAGAACCAACACAAUGGACGUCGCAGACCAGCUCCAGGCCCUCAAGGCAAAAUACAAGUCCGUGGAGGUAGAGAAGCUCAUUCCCUUGGACUUUGACCUCGGCAACCUCGUCGCCUACGACACAAACCCCAUCGACGCCGCCCAACUCAAAAAGCAGCCCGAAGCUUACCUAAAAGAUGUCGCCCGGGACGGAACCCAGCUCCUCCUUAACCAAAUUUUCUCUCUGCCAACCGAAACGAGUCUCGAUAGUGUGACUGCGAAAUUACCACCAGGAACGACCAUCUUGCCACGAGCAAAACCAAUCCCGAAGGACAAGCCUAUGACCCGAUGGGAGAAGUUCGCCAAGGCGAAGGGGAUCCAGAAGACGACGAGGAAGAAGAUGAAUUAUGAUGAGGCGUCGGGAGAGUAUAAGGCGAGGUGGGGAUACAAGGGCACGAAUACGGCGGAGGAUGAUUGGAUUAAGGAGGUUCCUCAUAAUGCUGACCCAAUGGAAGACCAAUACGAAAAAGCCCGCGAAGAGAAAACCGAGCGGGUCAACAAAAACAAACAGCAACAGCGCCGUAACGCCGAAGAGCACGCAGCCGUCUCCGCAGGCAAGAAUCCGCGCGAGGUGCGCAAAGCCGAGGUCACAAAGAAGAUCCUUGAGUCAAAGGGUGCCACGGCGUCCAUGGGCCGGUUCGACAAGUCGCUCAGGAACGAGGACGCGGUUAAGGUGAAGCGGGGGAAGAGAAAGUUCGAUGAGCUGACGCCGGGGGAUGCGAGUAAGGAGAAGGAGGGUGUUAUGAAUGUUGUUAAGAAGGUGCUGAAGGGUGAGGAUGGGAAGGUGAUCAAUGUGACAAAGGCCGUGAAACACGUCCACCAAAAGGGAGGAUUGAAGGUUGUCGACUUUGACGACGGGAAAAAGAAGAAGACCAAGGGCAGGUCCAAGAAGUAGUAGUCAACACCCACCCACACAAUCUCCGCCAUCCCGUCUUUGUACAUAGCAGAUAGUUCUCCAUUACGCAGUUCAGAUUUAGGAUCUUGUCGGGCAGCCUAAGCAUUUAGAGGGCAGCCGGGCAUGCAGCAACAUAUUUAUAUCAUCUAGCCGCUGGCCAUGCUGGCGUCAAUCCCUCUCAUUAUGCGCAGGAUAUCAUCUUCGUGUCGACGCUGCGAUCCAUAAUAUCAUGGCUAUUAUUAUUUGCAUAUCACAUCUACGCCCCCGCUCUGUCGUCUUCUCACUCUUCAGUAUCCAUCCGAAACCCCCCAUGACCCUCCUCG